GUGUGUAUGUGCUGUGUGCCCGUGUGAAUAUAAGGGAAUGCGGUACAACGGCAACCACACAGCUAAUUAGUUCAACCCCAGACAAAAGGUGGGCCAGCAACUGAAGAGAACCCCCGGGGCGAGCGUAACGGGCUCCAUAGACUGUUCCCGAGGCUGGAGAGGAGACGGGUGAUAGGGGAUCUCGUGUUCACCCUUUCGGGAACUUAAGUGAUGUUUAUUAAGUUUGCACUUCUUCAGAGCAUGUAAGGUCUGGACGUGGUUUACAGGACGCCUGGUAACAGAAUUGGAGAUAAUGUCGGGACCGGAGUCUGACGAUGACAGAACCUUCAAAGACUUGAAUGUUGUGGGGAUGCUUCACAAGUUCUGGGAGCAGAAACAAGUUAAGGAUGUGAUGAUGGACACAGAAAAUUUGGUGGUCUAUGAGUCCGUCCCAUCACCCAGCCAACCAUACAUAUGCUACGUCACUUUACCAGGUGGCAGCUGCUUUGGAAACGUUAAGUAUUGUCACAGUAAAGCAGAGGCCAGACGUGAUGCUGCUCGUAUCGCCCUGAUGAACUCCACGUUUAAUGAGUUGCCCUGUCGUCGUAUCACACCUGACUUCAUAUCACUCAGCGUGAAGGAGGCAGUCAGCACCACCAGCGGUAACAUUGCGGACGCCUCUGACCCCAGUACCAGUAUAGGAGCCUAUUGCCUCAUGCUGGAGUUGAACACCGGGAGAACCAUGCUGGAAUUUCAGGAAAUAAUGACAGUUUUCCAGCUUUUGCACUGGAAUGGGUCUCUGAAGGCUUUUCGGGAAAUGAGAUGUAGCAGACAGGAGGUGAUCCUGUAUUAUUCACAGCAGCGUCUGAACGAGCUCACACGCAGUCACAUGGCUCUGGACUGGUUGCAGAAGGAGCGUCAGUCUCCCGGUCUGCUCUCUCAGGAGCUGCAGUUGGCCAUGAAGGAGCUCGGGGAGGCCCGACGAGCCGGCAGGGAGCUCCGCUUCUACAAAGAGAAGAAAGAGAUCCUGAGCUUGGCUCUCAGUCAUGCUAACGCUGAGGAUCUGGAAGGAUACCAGAGUGAAGAGAUGUACUGGAGAGAAGAGACUGAGUUUGAGCAUCAGGAGGACAGUGUGGUGGAUGGCGAGCCAAGACAGUUUUACUCUCAGGGGAGUGUGAGUGACGAGGAAUCAAAUGUAUAUACUGUACAUUUUAAUUAGGAUUUUUUUGUGUUUUAAUGUAGUAUUAUAUAAUGUAAGAUUUUUACCACCCUGAUAACAAAACUACAAAAUCUAAUAGGUUCUGUUACAAGUGCCAUUGUGAACCAUUAGAUGUUCACAGCUAAAACCAUUAGUAUUAAUGGAUGGCGUUCAACUGGUUCAUACAACAUGCCACCAGAACACUCAAGUUACCACUACAACCCACAUAGAGCAUUAUGGACACCGUUCCUUAUCCACCUAUACAUUUUCCAAUUUAGCCAUCAAAACCAUUAGAAUUACUUACUUUGUUUCUGUUUUUUUAAAGAUACAAGGUUGACGUUUCACUAAUCAAAAGAAAUAAAUAUUUUAGUCACAUGUUGGUUAAGGUCCUCCAAUGAAAUAUAAGAAAGAUAUUUACUAACAUAGCGCUGCAUUUAUGUGUCAUGCACUUAUCGUCCACUAGAGGGAGGUGUUUCUGUACUUUUGUAAAGAGCUCUCGCUCAUAAUUGGAGCGGACAAAGCGCUAACAGCUCCGUCAUUAUUCAUUAUGUAGCUGUGAAUAGGUCUUUUUUUUAAACAAAUGCACGCACACACCUAAUCAGCUCCUAUUUAAAAUAGGCUUUGUGAAAUCAGGACUUUGUCAAAGCAAUUAUGAAUAAAUGUUGAGUCGAUUUGCAAUGCGUUGAGUUAAUUGGUACAUGGAGGCUGGGAGUGAUGGCAAUACAAAUUGCUUCUUUGUGAGGGCUAAAAUGUGUUUUGCACAAUGUUUCCUUUCUUAAGGACUAACAUCAUAUCUAUAAAAUAAGACAUUGUUCCAUACUUUUCUCUAUUAUAAAAGCAAAUGUAAUAAAAGUUUUUCCUCUGA